GCCAAUUUGCCGGCAGACGUGCGCUGCCAUUCUGCGUGGUGGACGUUGGAUCUCAGCUUCUGCACGCGUGGCACGGCUGUGAAGACCUACACAUACUACGUGGCCCAGCAAAGCCCAGGAGCCGAGAUCCCCCCCAGAGCGUUGGCCGUCCUGCAGCAAGCCACUUGGUUCCUCCCUCCAGAGAAGUCACGCCUAGACCAGGCGCGCAUGAAAGCUGCGGCUGCGCAGCUUGUGGGACGACAUGACUUCUGUGCAUUAUCCUCGGCAUCCGGUGGGGAGGGCUCCACCACUCGCCAGCUGAUUGCUUUGGAGGUAGAGCUCCUCGAGCAG